UUUCUUCCGGGGUGGGCGGAGGCGUGGACGAAGAUGGCGGACGAGGAAGAGAGGGGGAGCUCAGAGGUUUACACCCUUCGGUUGGGAACGGAGACCGAAGCCGCGGGAGACGGAGAGCUGCUGGAGUGCGGAGAACCCUUGGACUCCAUCGGCUACGUGCUGUACAGGAACAGGAAAGAAUGGGCAGAUAUUGAGCCAGUUCCUCAAGAUGAUGGGCCACAUCCUGUUGUUCAGAUCAUAUAUAGUGAAAAAUUUAAAGAUGUAUAUGAUUACUUCCGGGCUGUUCUGCAACAUGAUGAACGGAGUGAGAGAGCUUUCAGGUUAACAGGGGACGCCAUUGAACUUAAUGCUGCAAACUACACAGUAUGGCAUUUCCGUAGGGUACUUCUUCAGUCCUUGGAGAAAGACUUAAAUAAGGAACUCAAUUACAUCACAGCUAUCAUUGAAGAUCAGCCGAAGAAUUACCAAGUCUGGCACCACCGGCGAGUUUUGGUAGAGUGGUUGAAGGACCCAUCGCAAGAACUCGAAUUUAUUGCAAGCAUUCUUAACCAGGAUGCCAAGAAUUACCAUGCUUGGCAACAUAGACAAUGGGUCAUUCAGGAAUUUAAGCUGUGGGAUGAUGAAUUGGAGUAUGUUGACCAACUUUUGAAAGAAGAUGUCAGAAAUAAUUCCGCCUGGAACCAAAGAUACUUUGUGAUUUCAAACACAUCUGGUUAUAAUGAUCCUGCUGUUCUAGAAAGAGAAAUUCAGUACACCCUAGAAAUGAUCAAGCUGGUACCUCAUAAUGAAAGUGCCUGGAACUACCUGAGAGGGAUUUUGCAAGAUCGUGGCCUUUCAAAAUAUCCAGAUCUGCUAGAACAGCUACUGGAAUUGCAGCCAAGUCAUAAUUCCCCUUAUCUAAUUGCCUUCUUGGUGGACAUAUAUGAAGACAUGUUAGAAAACCAGUGUGAAAACAAGGAAGACGCUCUCAACAAAGCAUUAGAGUUGUGUGAAAUCCUCGCUAAGGAAAAAGACAUUAUACGGAAAGAAUACUGGGGAUAUAUUGGAAGAUCCCUUAAGAAUAAAUAUAGCCCAAAUGAGGAGCAGACUGUGCCAACAGAAAAUGAUCAGCAUUAAUUUCAUGUGAAGGAGAAAUGCAGCAUUCAGCUUCUGUGCAUUUUACAAAAUCUCUAAAACUACGCUGGCCAUUAAUAGAGUGUUCCCCUUCUUUCCAGAGUAUGUUGUAACUCUACAUUAAUUGCAGAGGUAUUGCUUCUAACCACAUUGAGAGUGCAAAGUGUUCUGCAUAACAAACUGACCCACAGUUAUUGCUGCUGCACACAUUAGCUAUGGGGUAAUUAAAGCACUGUGUGUUCAAAAAACA